AUGAGCGUCACAUCCUCCACAAGUGACUACCAGAUGGUGGUCGAGGACGGUGUGGGCUUCCCGCCCGACAUGGUCUUUUGUCGCCGGUUGCCAAAGAUCGAGCUCCACGCACACCUCACCGGCAGCAUCACCAAGAACACUCUGCAGCAGAUCUGGGAGGCAAGGUCGGCCGCAGAGGGAUCACUUGGCAUCGAGGCUCCAAUGGCCGCGCUGGCAGACCCCUCGGAUGCGCAAGGCAUCGACACCUUCUUCACCCACUUCAACAUGUACAUGUACCAGCUCGUCAACACACCCGAAUCUCUCGCUUUUGCAACCCGCGCUGUCCUCGCCGAGUUUGCUUCGGACGGUGUCGCGUACCUCGAGCUGCGGACGACUCCGCGCGCCCUUCCAGGGGGCAGUGCCGAGGCCAGUGUGCGUACCAUCCUAGGCGAGAUUGGCGCUUGGAACAACUCGAGUAACGGCGACAUCAUGCCUGUGCGCCUCAUCCUCUCGGUCGACAGGGCCAAGCACGACAGCAUUGCAUGUGGGGGUAUCGUUGACCUGGCACUCAAGCUGCGCGGCGAAGGACACCCGAUCGUCGGUCUCGACCUGUGCGGCGACCCCAACAAGCUCAUCGACGUGUCGACUCUGCGCGGACCCUUUCUCCGCGCUCGCGCUUUGGGCCUCCCAUGCGUGCUCCACUUUGCAGAGGUGGUCGCCAGCAGCACCGCACGCGAACUCGAUGAACUCCUCUCCUGGCAACCGAGGCGACUGGGCCACGCGAUCCACGUUCCCGAAGCGACACGAGACCGCAUUCUCGCUGCUGGCGCCGCACCCGAGCUGUGCCUCUCCUGCAACGUGCUUGCCGGUAUGCUCCCGCCCAAGACGACGGUCGACGGUGACGGCAAUGGCUGCCACUGCCCGGCCGAGAUGAUUGACCACCACUUUGGCUGGUGGUGGGAGCAGGGUGGACCUCUGAGUCUCGGUACCGAUGAUGUGGGCGUGUUUGGCAGCACCAGCAGUGAAGAGCACCAGCACGCUGCCGUGCACUUCAACCUCUCCCGUCGCGACCUCGUGGCACUCAGCCGCCGCGCCAUGGCUGGUGCGCUGGGAACGCCGCAGGACGAGCUCCGCAUCGACCGUCUUCUGGACACGUUUGCAGUGUCGGAGGGCAUUGAGGUGGAGGAAGUCGCGGCCGCUUUGGCCGGGACGGACUUUUAA